AAAGCCAUGGGUCGGGGCUGAAGUUGUAAGCAGCUGGCUGCUGAAGCUCCACAAGCGGGCCCCUCAAUCAGGCCCCGCCCGUCCUGCCCCCUCCCCAUCCCGGAGCCAUGUGGUCCCUUGCUGCAGUAAUCGCCUCCCUGACUGUGGCCUUGUCAGGAGGCAUCUCCCGGGAGUAUCCCAAGAUUAUCAACAGCACCAAUGGAACCAAUGGGUUUCUCCCAGGUGGCUACACCUGCCUCCCCCACUCUCAGCCCUGGCAGGCAGCCCUACUAGUGAGAGGGCGGCUACUCUGUGGUGGAGUCCUGGUCCACCCCAGAUGGGUCCUCACUGCAGCACACUGUUGGAAGGAGGACUACAAAGUGUACCUGGGCAAGCAUGCCCUCGGGCGUGUGGAGGCCAGUGAGCAGGUGAGAGAGGUGGCCCGCUCUAUCCCCUACCCUGAAUACCGGAGCAGCCCCACUCACCUGAACCAUGACCACGACAUCAUGCUUCUGGAACUACAAUCCCCAGUCCAGCUCACAGGCCAUGUUCGUAUCCUGCCCCUUUCCCACAAUGACAACCCACUCCCUGGCACCUGCUGUCGUGUGUCUGGUUGGGGCACCACCACAAGCCCCCAGGUGAGUUACCCCAAAACCCUACAGUGUGCCAACAUCCAACUGCGCUCAGAUGAGGAGUGCCGUCAGGUCUACCCAGGGAAGAUCACCCCCAACAUGCUGUGUGCCGGCACCAAAGAGGGUGGCAAGGACUCCUGUGAGGGUGACUCUGGGGGCCCCCUGGUCUGUAAUGGAACACUCCAUGGCAUCAUCUCCUGGGGAGACUUCCCAUGUGGACAGCCCGACCGACCUGGUGUCUACUCCCGCGUCUCGAAAUAUGUCUCAUGGAUCCAUGAAACAAUCCAAAAACAUAAAACCCAGGAGCAGAUACGGACAAAGGAUCCAUAAUAAAACUUGUGUUCAUUUAUCUGCUUUCUUUCUCUCCCCAUGACCUCCUCAUGUCGUCGGCUCAGCCCUCCUCUGCCCCUUCCUCCCAGAGUUCUACUUAAGCCAGUGACCCACAUUCUCAAAAAUGCUGGAUCCCAGCUGACAUGUUUCAGAAGCAUUCGGGCACUGCCUACCCUGUGGUCUACCAGAUGUCGCCUCCCUAAAACAUCCUGACAACCUGAAUGUCCCAAUUCAGAUGAGGUUCCGGUUCUCCCUACUUUAUCAGCAUGACCACCACCUGCGCAUUCUGUGGCAACAUCUUAAGUAUCCCCAUCUGCCCAUCUCAACAAUAGGAUGUCCUGUGAAUGAACCAUCCUUGGCAUCUUGUAACCCUGCAAAUAUUUAUUCAGUGCCCUUCUGUGUUUUACAGGAAGGUUCAAGACUCCUGUGAUAAUUCAUCCUGAAAAUAUUCUCUUGUGCCCACAAUAUUCUGCCCCUACAACAUUCUAUGCACUUCUGAGUGAUUCAUCACAGCUAGUUCAUCCUCACACUGGUUCAUUCUCACACUGUUCUGAGUAUCCCAGAUGUCCUGAUCCAACAUACAUCUCACAUCCUGCCAAUACCCAGCUUCCACCAACAUUCCCUCUCUUGGAAUCCUCAUCCUUACUAAAGAUCAAUGGCACUCUAGUCUAGAGUUAUAGACUAAGGGUUCAACACCCUAAAGGGCCUUCAUGCCUGAACUGUACUGUCCACCAAAUAUCCCUUUCUGUAUCUCCUCCAUGAGCAUCCCUAUUCAAUGUCCCUUCCAAGUCCUUGCUGUGGACAAGUCACAAAACUCACAGCUUCUCUGCUUUCUCAUCUAUAAAAUGGGCUUGUAAUUGUUCCUUAUAGCAUGAUUACAAGGAGAAUGUCUUACCACUGAUAUAAUUUGCAUGGUUUCCUCUAAAUUAUUACCUUAGGAUAUUAAUUUGAUAAUCCCUCAAAUCCUCAGUGUCCAAAAAAUGUGUUAUACUUACUCACUUUCCUUGGCAGACAUUUAUUCCGUGCUGACCAUAUACACUGGGAACUUGCCCAGGUGUUGGUAAAUACAACUUUGCUUAUUCAUUGAACAAAUAUUGUACCUAUCACAAGCCAGUUCCUGUUGAAGACACAGGAGAUAUAUAGUGAAUUAAAGAGAAAAGCAUCUA